AUGAGACAAGUUAAAAAUUGGCAUUCAAUUCCUGUAGAUCCACAGGAUUUCAAUUUGUUUUCGACUUUAAAUAGUGGUCAAGCUUUCCGCUGGAUUUUUAAUUCAACUCUGAAUGAAUGGCAUGGAGUAAUAAAUGGUCACUUAUGGAGAUUACGUCAAAUGAAGGAUUCUAACCCAGUUGAAUAUUAUUUUGAGAAAAAUUUGGGUAUAAAAUUAAACGAUGUUCCUUUUGAUUUACGUGAUUACUUUAGAUUGGAUAUGAAUUUAUCUGAUCUUGUGAAGGAAUGGUCUUUGAAGGAUGAAUGGUUUGAGAAUCGUUUCUCUAAAAAUUGUCAAAUGGAUACAGCUCGUGGUUUACGCUUAUUAAGACAAGAUCCAGAAGAAACACUAUUCUCUUUCAUUACAUCAGCUAAUAAUAAUUUAACAAGAAUUACUAAAUUACUCUGUAAAUUGUGUAGUGAAUAUGGUAAUCCAUUGUACUUGGGAAAUGGUGAUCUAAGGCAUUGGACAUUUCCAUCACUUGAAAUACUUGCACAACCUGGAAUGCAGGAUAAUUUGAAAAAAAUUGGUUUUGGUUAUCGUUCCAAGUUUAUUACGCUUGCUGCUAACUGGCUUUUGAACAAUGGAGGUCGAUCUCGUCUACUUGAACUUCGUUCCAUGUCCCAUUUUGAAGCUCAGGCAUUUCUGCUUCAAAUACCUGGAGUCGGGAAGAAGGUUGCAGAUUGUAUAUGUCUUAUGUCGUUAGAUAAAUUAAAUGUUGUCCCUAUCGAUGUUCAUAUGCAUCGUGUUGCACGUGAGAAAGGAAUUCCUGAAGCAUCCUGUAAAAAUAUGACUACAAAAUCAUAUGAUAUUAUCUCAAAGUCUCUUAGUGAUUUUUGGGGAAAUUAUUCUGGAUGGGCACAAACUAUUCUUUUCUAUACUCGUAUGAUGGAAUCGAAACCUAAUAAAAAACUAAAGCAACAAAUCAGUCGUGUUGAUAUCAACAUUUAG